AUGCUAGAUAAGUUUAGGAAUAUGUGGCGAGCGAUCGUAUUGUUAUUCCUUGUGAACAGCGUUCUCGCUGAAGAGGAAGAUUAUAAAAUUGUCACGUUGGGAGAUGGCAUCGUGAAAGGUGAAAAGUAUUGGGACGGCGAAUUCUAUCAAUUCUUCGGCAUACCGUACGCUACGUUGCCAAAAGGAAGGGAUCGAUUUCAGGCGCCACUUCCUGUCGAGCCUUGGGAAGGAAUAUUAGACGCAUCGAAAAAAACAACAAUAUGUCAUCAAUGCUAUUAUACCGGUGACAAUAACGAUGAAAUAAUGUUAGAUGGAGAAGAUGACUGCCUCGUUAUCAAUCUACUUACGCCGAAAGUAGCAUCAGAUGAUAAUCUUGUACCGGUUGUUGUUUACAUACAUAGCGGGGCAUUUUCCGGUGGAAGCGGCAAUAUGGCUCAUUUCAACUAUUUAGCAAGACAUGACGUAAUUACCGUCAGUUUCAACUACAGAUUAGGAGCAUUUGGUUUUGCCUGUCUAGGCAAUAAAGAAAUACCCGGAAAUGCUGGUUUGAAAGAUCAAGUUGCUGCUUUACGAUGGAUUAAUAAGAAUAUCAAAAACUUUGGUGGCGAUCCUAACCAAGUUACUCUCGCAGGAUUUAGUGUAGGUGCAGCAAUGGCUGAACUUCUUUCUUUAUCUGAAGCAACGACUGGUUUAUUUAACAAAUUAAUUUUAGAAAGUGGUUCCGCAUUAGCGCCUUUCACCAUUAAUAGAAAUCCAUUAGCUACAGCUAAGAACGUAGCAUUAUCACUAGGUUACAAUGGAACUGAUAGCUUAGAUGAACUAACAGAAUUCUACUUAAAUGCUACUGUAAAUGAUUUAGCAGAAAAAAGUUUAAAUUACUAUUUAAAAAAUAGUACAUUUGGUUUCGCUCCAUGUAUUGAGAACAUAAUAGAAGGAAUAGAGCCAACAAUUACAGAGUCUCCCUACGAAUUAAUGAGAAAAGGUUUUAACAAGGAUAUUGCAAUUAUAACAGGCUUCUCAAACAUGGAAGGUAUAAGUCGGAGUAUUAAAUUCGGUGAAUGGAGAGAAGAUAUGAAUGAAGAUUUUUCCGAAUUUCUUCCAGCAGAUUUAAAAUUCAAAGAUGAAAAAUCUAAAAAUGAUUUAAUUCGAGAAAUUAAGCAGUAUUACUUCCAAGGUAAAGAAGUGAAGGCUGAUACGUUACAGAAUUAUGUUAAUUACUUCUCUGAUUCUAUGUUCAAAUAUAAUAUUAUGAGAUCAGCUAAUUUACGUGCAAAAAUGACGAAAAAACCUGUUUAUGUUUACCAAUUUUCUUACGUUGGUAAGUUGAAUAUAGAACAUAACUACAUGGACAGACUUAAAGGCGCAAGUCACAGAGAUCAGACGGCGUAUGUUCUUGACUUUUUUGGAUGGUCGAAUAAUUAUAAGGACUUAGAUACGAGAGAACGGAUGACUAUGAUGUGGACUGACUUCGUUAAAUACGAAAAUCCAACAGCGUUCGAAUCUUCCCUCAUUCCCUUCAAAUGGCUACCUUAUACAAGUGAAAACCAAAACUAUUUGGAAAUCGACAAAAAAUUGCAAAUGAAGACGGGCCUGUUUGUUGAAGAAUGGAAAUUUUGGAACAAAAUCUAUGAAAAAUACUAUUGGAACCCAACUGCUCCACAGCUUAGUGAUAUAAAAAAAUAA